CAGACUUCCGCCGGGUUUCAAGACUUACACAGCACUGUGGCAGGAGCGAGAACACAGCAAUAUACACAAAGAAAUUUCGAAGCAACCGCGGAUAAUCCCUCAAUGGAGAAAUUUACCAAGUGGGCCGACAAGGGCACGGGAAUAAACCCAUUUUUGCCCCAACGUCGCGCUGCCUCCUCCUUACCGUCCAAGGUGGCAUCCGGCCUCCUAGCCAUUGUCCUCAUCGCCGUGCGGCUGCCUUUGAUCCUGCUCACUCUGACGUGGUUUUUGGCCUUGUCCUUGCUUACCAAGCCGUGGUUCGAUAUUUUGACAGGCGCGCUUUUCACGACAUACGCAUACCUAGAUGAAGGGCCCUCGAAACCCAUGACCCUAAGCCCCCAGCACACCGGCUUCUUUUUGCUCGUCCUCGGCUCUCUCACCGCCCUGUCUGUGCCCAUCCGUCGUGUUUUCUCCUUCCUGACCCUGCGCCCUCCGGUGUACCUCCUCCUCAGCAUCCUCGGCGUCUCGUAUCGGGAACAGCACGCGAACCUCCGGAAACUCGGUCUGCGGCCUCCAGGGCACAGGCCCCACGACUCCCGCAUCGGCCGCACCAUCCAAGCCGGAGAUAUCCUACUGAGCAACCACACGUCCCCUCUGGAGGUGCUCUUUUUCAUCAGCCGCUUCCUACCUGCCUUCUCCGCCUUGGCCGUCGCCCCGGUGGCCCAGGGCCGCCUUUUGACGCCGCUUCAGGCAUGGUGGAGGGCCGGGCUCGUCCCUCCCAAAGCCUUUGAGACAGGGACCGGCCAGGCUCUGUCGAGUCUCGCCGCGGAGGCCAAGCGCCAAGGACAAGCCGUUGUGGUCUUCCCCGAGACGGCUCGAUCCAACGGGGACGGCGUCCUCGUCUUUCAAAGAGGGGUGCUGGAUGGCACCGACGCCAAGGAGGCGAAGGGAGGGAAACUAACAGGAGGAGAGAGGGGUGGGGGCGUAAAUGUGCAUAUCUUCGGCUUCAGGUGCGAUUUGGCAGACCUCUUGAGCCGUUGGCGGACGACCGUGAAUGUCUCGUACGUCGGGGCCCCCGACUUGCUCCUGCAACCCACUUCAGCCAAAGGGAGUGGUGGCAGCAGCCGGACACCUGUGUACAGCAGUGAAGAGUUGCGUAGUCUUCUUGCCAACAUGCUGGGUCGACCCAAACUUAAUCUUGGCUACGAGGAUUUCUGCAGCUUCAGAAAGUAUUACGCGGCGAUUCGCGCGGGUGAUGAGGAGAGGGCAGCGGCCUUGGCGCGUGCGCUUUGCCAAACGUCUCGCCACUCGGGCUUUGAGUUGGAGGCCGCCUAUCGCGAGCACCGGAAUAUGGCCACCUCACCCUGUAAAGAAGGCGUGGCGCAAUGCACCCUCCUUACCGACGUGUCGCCUCGUUUCCGCAUUCUCGCCGUACGAAACGGCAUUGGACAGCCCAACGCGUGCCUUUGUCCUGUAUUUGUGCCCACCCCUGCUCGGCUCUUGUUCUGCGUGGCCCUCCCGGCCCUUGCCACCGCCUUCCUGGCCCGUGCUCCCACCACAGUACCUCACACUCACUCGGUGAGGAAAGGGCGUACUGUUGUUAUGGAGUCUAUCUCGGAGUUCCUCAAGUUUGAUGCGAAACUCGGCGAGUUGGAGGUGACCAAAGCGGGAGUCUCUGCUCCAUUCGGGUUCUUCGAUCCCUUGAACUUUUACGGAGGCAAAACCAUUCGCCAGAAGAAAAAGCUGCGCGAGUCUGAACUCAAACACGGUCGCGUUGCUAUGAUGGCGGUGCUGGGCAUUUUCGUCCAAGAACUCUGGCAUCCUCUUCUGGCAGGUGAUGAUUUCGAAACCGCGCUCAGCCAAUACUACGGCGUGACGGAGUUUAUUCCCGACUUCGGCGCGGGGGCCCUCUUUGUCCUUUCUCUUUUUGAGUUCAAAAGCAUCGCUAUGGGAUGGGAUCCCGUCGAGGAGACUCUCAAAGAGCCAAAAAUUGCCGGUAUGCGUGAUGAUUAUGUGGCGGGAGACUUACAGUACGAUCCUCUGGGCUUCUGUCCCGACGAUGACGAAGCCUUUGUGCGCAUGCGCACUAAGGAGCUCAACAACGGGCGUAUGGCCAUGAUCGCCGCCAUUGGCAUCAUCGGACAGGAGCUGGCCACGGGCGUGCCUGUUGUCAAGUCGCUCUUUGGGUAAACCUGUGAAUGUUUCUUGAUCAGCGCCAGUCUUGGUACUCCUCAACGCGCACUCGAUCUCACGGCGAUCCAUUCCAUUUUGAAAUAUUUGUUACCUUUUAAAUCCAAAACCAAGUCGCGACUGGACUAUUA